AUGUCUCAAUGGCAUGAUAUUGGUCAGUUUGAGCUAAUCCGGUCCUUGUAUGGGCAUAUUUGCUGCACUAAAUGCUCGGGAAGCGUACUCCAGCUACUACCUUCAGUGCCUGAUGGAGAGAUCUUGUACCAUGAGACAGAAGAGAACGAUGUGCUUGACAUUGCAAUGUCUAAAAAGACGUACAUGUUAAUUUUCACCGAAGCUCACACCUUCUUUGGGGCAAAGGGAUACAAAUUCAAGCUUGAGACGUUCACCGAACCUGAACUUGAGAAGCUCUACAUGGCUACUAAUGGUAUAUUGCUAACCACAAAUGACCAUUUCACAGUAUGGAGGACUCACAGAGAUGUUGUUUUGGAGAUGUUGCGUCGAGGCGAUAAAGGUGCUAUCGAACGAGAUUUUACAUACACCAUGUUCCUUGCAACUUCGAAGCUCAAACGUAUCAACAAGAGCUCAGUGCUAUUUACUUGGAUCAGGAAGUUAUUUGUGGCACUCUCAAACGAUAAGAAUGUCGCCAAACUUUUGAUAUUUCGUCUUCUUCGGUCUAUGGAGGUUCACUUCGCUAACUAUUAUGCUGGAUUCACCACACAAUGGCUUCUUCAGGUACUCCAAGCAAAGGCAGACGAGGAGAUCCUACUAUUUUUAGGCAAGAAUCUUCGAGAGAAGUGUCGAACGCACCUUGGCGACGUGACUUUAUGGGGAUGCUAUAGUAUGUGGUUGAACGCAAGUAAAUUAGAUCAUUUUGCCCUUCAGCAAUUCAAAGAGGAUGAGAGAUUUUGGAGAAAUGAAGGUAUUAAAGUUGAAGAAUUAGAUAUCGACAGCUCAGGCCUGAGGAAGCCUGUUAUAGUUGAUGUUGAUGCUGACUUGGAUUGGCUUCUCAAGGUUCAAUGUCCAAGAUAUACACCUUUUGAGUGUCUAUAUAACGCCACUGAAAACAGAUCAGAUUUUCUCAUAAAAAUAAGAGAUCAUCUAGAAACUCAGAAGUCCAAAACUAGAGCAGACCCCGAUAGCGCUUUGAGCGUUCAAUUUAGUGAGUACCUCGCCCUUCUUCAGGACUUUCUCAGCAAACACAGUUCCCCGGGCCAAUCAACGAGUUAG